AAGUGACGACACGGCGGAAGAGCAGCUCGUCUCCACAGAGCUAGCAGCAGAGCUAGCAUCAGAGCUAACAGCUAGCAGCUAACGGCCGGUUCUCCUCCCCUGGAUCCCCGCAGAGUUCUGUGUCAGAGGCCGGAGCGAGGUGAGCCCUGGGCGGCGGCGGCUCGCAGCCCGAGUCGGUCCUCACAUGGAGGCGGAGCGACAUUAAAGACGAGCCGUGGACGGACGAGCAGCCGGAGGAGACACCCGGAGGCUGCGGGAGGAACCGUCACUCACUGCGGAUGCUACCUGGAGGUUAACCGGGGCUCCCGGGACCACAGCCCCACACUCCGGCCGCAUGGCGUCACCUCAAGCCCGGAUCGGCCAGCAGGCCCUCGCGGUGCUGGACGUGGCUCUGCGAGUUCCCUGCAUCUUUAUUAUCGACGCCAUCUUUAACUCUUACUACGACCCGGGUUCCGGGUGGGCCGGCGCGACCGGGAAGGUCCUGGUCCGAGUCACGGGUGUGCUGGUCUCCAGCGUGGUGCUGCUGCUCUCCCAGAAAGCCUUGUUCAAGUUCUACACGCUCUUCUGUGCGGUUCUGGUCGGCAUGGCGGCGGUCCUCAUCAACUACUACGCCACCUCCCACAUAGACUUCUACAGCGCCUACUACAAGGCGGCGCUGGGGUUCCGGCUGCUGCCGCGGAACGGCCCCACGCUGUGGCUGGGCAUGGCGGCCGUGCAGCUGGUGCUCGGCGUGGGCUACGUGUUCCUGCUCAACCUGCAGUCGGUGUUUGCGGCGCUGGUGGUGCUGGACAUCAUGAUCCCUCUGUGGGGCCUGAUGAUCGAGCUGCCGGCGGACGUGAGGCAGCUGGUGGCCGUGUUCUCGGGCCUGGCGCUGGCGCUCAACACGGCCGUGUGCCUCACCAUGAGGCUGAAGUGGUUCUACUACUCGUGUCGGUACGUCUACCUGCUGGUGCGGCACAUGUACCGGAUCUACGGACUGCAGCUGCUGCUGGAGGACACGUGGAAGAGGAUCCGGUUCCCCGACGUGCUGCGGGUGUUCUGGCUGACCCGGGUCACGGCCCAGGCGCUGAUCCUGGUGUACGUGGUGCAGGCGGUGAGGAGGGAGAGCGGUGAUGCCACAGGUGGCGCCGCAGACGGGAGCUCAAACUCACAGAGUUUCCUGCUGAGCUGGGACGUGUUCUGGGAUCUGACCAGUAACCUGAUCAUCUCCGGCUGUGACUCCAUGCUCACCGUGCUGGGGAUGAGCGCCGUCAUCUCCUCCCUGGCUCACUACCUGGGCCUCAGCAUCCUGGCCUUCAUCGGCUCGACGGAGGAGGAGGACAAGCGUCUGGGCUUCGUGGCUCCGGUCCUGUUCUUCAUCCUGGCUCUGCAGACCGGCCUCAGCAGCCUGGACCCGGAGGAACGUCUGGUUCGUCUGAGCCGGAACAUGUGCCUUCUGCUGACGGCCAUCCUGCACUUCAUCCACGGCAUGACCGACCCCGUGCUGAUGUCCCUCAGCGCCUCCCACGUGUCCUCGGUGCGCCGCCACGUCCCGGUCCUGCUGGUGUCCCUGGCGCUGUUCGUGCUGCCGGUGGCGCUCAGCUACAGCCUGUGGCAUCACUACGCCCUGAACACCUGGCUGUUCGCCGUCACCGCCUUCUGCGUGGAGCUCUGCCUCAAGGUGGUGGUGUCUCUGACGGUCUACGGCCUCUUCAUGGUCGACGGCUUCUCCAACGUCCUGUGGGAGAAGCUGGACGACUACGUCUACUACGUGCGCUCCACAGGCAACAUCAUCGAGUUCCUGUUCGGCGUCAUCAUGUUCGGAAACGGCGCCUACACCAUGAUGUUCGAGUCGGGCAGCAAGAUCCGCGCCUGCAUGAUGUGCCUGCACGCCUACUUCAACAUCUACCUGCAGGCCAAGAACGGCUGGAAGACCUUCAUCAACCGCCGCACGGCCGUGAAGAAGAUCAACUCGCUGCCGGAGAUCCGCGGCGAGCAGCUGAGGGACAUCGAUGACGUGUGCGCCAUCUGCUACCAGGAGUUCUCCAGCUCGGCCCGCAUCACGCCGUGCCACCACUACUUCCACGCGCUGUGCCUGAGGAAGUGGCUCUACAUCCAGGACACGUGUCCCAUGUGUCACCAGAGGGUUUACAUCGAGGACGAGAGCCGGGACCGAGCCGCCUUCUCCAACAACAAUGGGAACUACGCGGCGCCGCAGGACGCCGCCGACGCCGCCCCGCCGGCGCCGGGGGACGACGAGCACGGACAGCCCCCCGCGGAGCUGCCGGCCGAGGGGGGGGCGGGUGCCGGAGCUCAGGCCGCGGGCGGGGGGGAGCUCAACAACGAGCUGCUGGAGGACAACGACAGCAUAGAGUACGACGAGGACGAGUGGGGGACUCAGAACGGCAGCAUGCCGAUAGAAGAGGAUUAUAUCAAUGACGACACUGACUCCACCGAGGACUGAGGAGAACAGAUCUAUAGAAAACAAAUGUCUUUAUUAUAUUUAAGUUAAAAAUAAUUAUAAAACAUCUUCUGCAUCUUAAGUUCUUCUGGAAAAUGUCAGGGAAGUCGCGUCUUUUUUUUCUUGUUAGUUUCUUUUCAUUUGAUUUUGGGAUUAACUCUUAAGGGCUCGUGGAAAGAGUAACUGCUGCUGGUGUGUGUGUGUGUGCAUGUGUGUGAGCUUGUGUGUGUGUGUGGGUGAGUGUGUCGGGGCUGCAUGAACUCAUAGUGUUGUUUAUAUUUCUUACUUUAUUCCAGAAGUAUUGGAGAUCCUGAUAAUAACCGUUUGGAAACAACCGUCUGUUCACAUUUUAUCUCUUGAUGCCUCAAACCUGAUCAUCAGCAAAUCAAAAUAUCAGAUUUCUGAGAAUCUGCACGACACAAACACACCAGUGACAUCACCACUCGUGCAGCCCUGAGGGUUAUCUGUGUGUGAUCGGGGGAAAUUUGUGUAAUCACGCGUGUGUACGCCUGCCGACGUAUAAUGUGCUUAGACGCUGUCUUAAAGAUGCAGUUUGUGUUUCCUUGCUUUGUGUUACCGGGGAAACGCUGCAGUGUUUCUGUUCAUUAACCACAAAUCUGUGGAGCGACUUAACAAAUUCAAGCUGCUGGAUGUGAGAAAGGAGAAAAACCUGAUUUUUAGAUUUCAAACCUGCUGUCGACACAUUCUCAAUUAUUAGAUUUUUUAAAUAAAGAUGGACGACGCGUCUCCUCUUCCUCCCAGGAGCAAGAAAUUAAGCCAAAGUCGCUCAGAUCCAAAUGGUGCGGUUGAGAUCCUGAUGCACACGCUUGAUGAAUCGCUCUCAGCUGUCAAUCAUGACGUCUCCGUCCAUUUCUAUAUCAUCAAGUAACUAAUUAAAACCAAACUGAUCAUAAACUCUUGAACAAACAUCGGUGGGAUGAGAACGACCUGAAACCAUCUUUGACAAACAUUUCUUUCACGUGUAUUUUGACUUUUUAGUUCGGUCCAUGUCCCAUCUGCUAACAUGGAGGAGGCGGGGCUUAUAAUGCUUUGGCUUUACUUUUGUGAAGCCGUCAUGUCGUCCAUCUUUAUUUACAGUCUGGUUUUACCACAUUGCCAAGAAUUUGAGAAGAGACUUCCUGUUUCGUCCUGCGUGGGGGAGGGGAGUUAUUAAAAGACGUCUGGCCUUUUAAAAAUCUUACUAAACCGGAAACUCCGACGUGAGAAACACCUGCUCAGCAUUUUUGUCUUUAACGAACUCCAGCAGAAUGUUUGUGAAUCUGUUCAGAGAGCGAGUGAAGCAGUUUUCUUCUGGCUCUGCACCAACCAGAGAGAAGGUCCGAGGUGAAGCAUUAACCAGUGACCUGCUGCUCAUCACUGAUAUACCUCUACCAUUACUACUGGUCCCUUGUGCGACCUUGCUUACAUUUGUGUACGUUAUUGUACAUGUAAUAAAACGACACACGUGCACUCUCCUCCCAUAGAAUAAGAGAAACAUUUUUUUAAAAAUGAAACUUUGCACAUUUCAUUGUUUUAUUUGGUUGAAUUCUUGUUUCAGACCCAGAAAUUGCUGCUGCAGAUGUUUGGAGAUGUAGUGGAAGAAACAAGAAAAGUCGUAUUCUCAAAAAAGAAAAGUAUUUGGUGAAAUGAUGAAUUCUUCCUCAUUAAAUUUUAAUGUCCCAAAAGUACGACGUAUGAAAAGGUGCCAGUGGUUUAGUUGAAGAGGAGGUUUAAAGGAGAUGUAUCUUGUUUUAUCAGUGUUUCUUUCCUCUUGUGUGUUAUAACGGUUUUUCUGUGGAUGUUAAAGUUCUAUAAAGUUAAAAAGCCCAAAGUCUGGUUAAAGGAGCUCCUGAACCAGCUCGUCAGCUGUCCAACAGAUAUGUCUGCAGCUUUGUGAUGUCACACAUUUGCACUUCCUGUGGCGAAGCAAAUCAGCAGCUCUGGUGAGAUGAACAGAAUACGUCUCCUUUAAAGACUUGAUUCUUUCAAAUGGAAAAAAGUAGCUGAAUCCCUUGUGUCAUGUUGGACGAGCAGUUCUAUUCGGCCGAUGCACUUUUCUUUCUGUUUGUAAUCACUGGCACAGACUGUGUUUCUCCACUCAGGCUCCUGCUGCAGGGCUGGAAGAGUUCUCUCAAUACACGGAAACAUUUCCAGCCCUGGGAGAGAAAGAGACAGAAGAGCUGCAGGAAGGUCUGGACACGUUCAGAUCCUCCUUUGUUGUAGUCGAGCUCCGCCUGCUUCGGUUCACUCAGUUGAUACUUGUUGAAAAGUUGAGCCUCAGCAGCAGACGUCCUAUAAACACUGAUCCAAAACAACUACUGUCUGGAAAGUUCAUUUUUCUUUCUUUUGAUCUGUGCUGCUUCACCUCCCUCAGCGACCAGCGGUCCAGCACAAACUCUGAGUAUUAACACUGUUUAGACUUCCACAGCCUGAACGUCUUUAAGGUUUGACUGCAAACCCGUGUUCAUUACUGUUGUAAUUACAGGCCGCAGACAAUGAGCUGUGAGGAAUGCAUUAUGUUUAAUGAGGAAGAGAUGGGGGCUGAUGAUGAUGAUGAUGAUGAUGAUGAUUAGAAAGCUGUGCUUUUUGACAUGUGUCAGCGAUGAAGGAUUAUUCGGGUGAUUGUUCUGAAAGCUUUUUAAAAAGGUAAAAAGUGUUGAUUUUGCCUUUUGUUUUAAAAGGAGAUUUAUGUAAAUAAAAUCAUCUUUGAUAAUGAG